AUGAAAGCUGUCAGACUCACCACUGUCGGCGAGGAGACGCGCCUGGAGAUGCGUGACGAACCCCUACCGAAUCCAGGUCGCCAUGAGGUGUUGGUUCGGGUACAUGCUGCUUCGCUGAACUUUCGCGAUCACGCAGUGCUAAACCAUCCAUACGGCGCGGCUAUGAAGAAAGAUGUCAUUCCUUUGUCAGAUGGCGCCGGUGAAGUCAUCAGCACUGGGGACGGUGUUUCACGGAUCAAAGUUGGCGAUCGAGUCGUCGCCAACUGCUUCUUGCACUGGAUCGGCGGCCCGUUUCUUCCGGAAUACAACGCGGGCAGCGUCGGAUUCAGCGUAGACGGUAUGCUGGCCGAAUAUGUGGUGCUGCCCGAAACCGCACUCGUCCAUCUGCCCGCCUCCAUGUCCUACAUUGAGGCUGCCUCGCUGCCUUGCGCGGCCGGUGCCGCCUGGUCGUCGCUCAACCUUGCUACACCCCUCCAGCCGGGCCAGACGGUGCUGGUUCAGGGCACCGGUGGCGUUGCACUGUUUGCGCUUCAGAUUGCGCAAAUGUUCGGAGCUCGGGUCUUGGCAAUCACGUCGUCCGACGAGAAGGCCGCAAAGCUCAAGGAGUUAGGCGCGGAGUCUGUCGUGAACUACAAUACUUGCCCUGACUGGGAUCGCGAGAUCCUCGCUCUUACCGACGGCCAGGGUGUCGACAAGGUGAUAGAUAUCGCGGGGGAAAAGACUAUUGUCAAGUCUGCAGCAUCGGCCAGAAUCCGUGGCGAGAUAGCCUUGGUCGGAUCAGCAAGCGGCUUUGGCGGCGGCCUGUCGCCGGUCGACAUCCUUUACCGGUCUCUCAUCAUCGGCUCCUCCACCAUUGGCCCCCGGACGAAUCUCGAGACCCUGCUCAAGGCGAUGACGAUGCAUGGAGUACGACCGGUGAUCGAUCGGGUCUAUCCCUUUGCUGAGUAUCGGGAGGCGUACCAGCGGAUUCAGAGUGGAGGACACAUCGGCAAGGUUGUCAUCGACGUUGCGCACUAG